UUCUUUAGUGGCUGUUUGGAAAGAAAGUUCAGGAGUCCCAGCAACAAAACUUCACAGAGCCGGGGAGAGCAAGCCUUCUCAAAGUUUGAUGUCUCCAUAUCCUUCAAGUCAUCUCAGCGCAAAGUCCGUUGUGUAACGCUCCUCGAUUAAACUAUAGGAACAUGGCUGUUUCCUCACGUCUAGCAUUAUGGGAACAAAAGAUCAAGGAAGAAGAGCAGCCCCGCCCCCCUUCAUCACCAGUCUCCCCUGUAGCUACUGCAGGUUUCAUUAAGCAGCUGGUCCGAGAAACCGAGAAGGAGGCGAAAGUAGCACGGGAGCACGAGAAGGAACGACGACCUGAGCUCCAGCGACCCGCUAAAUUGGAUGAUAGUGUGGUUCAAUAUUUUUUACAUUUAACUCAGAAUGAGAGCCAGCCAGUAGACGAGGCAAUGGAUAAUGAAACCCAGCCAUUGGUGAACGGUCACCAUGGUAAUGGGCCUGAGGGUCAGUCUGCGCCAUCACCCGAGAAAAAGGCCGAAUGCAAACGACCAAACCUGAUUCGGAAACGCAAAGGAACCCAAGUGAGGGGACUAUCGGCAGGAAAACAAACCACACACCUGGAAAAGCCAGGAAGCCCUCAGCAAAACAAUGGCUCAUUCCCAAACAGUCAAGACCCAGUUGUUAUGGAAACCAAUCUCAGCACACAGCAGCCCAGCAGAAAUGAGGAGCUAUUAUCAAUGGAGAAUGGGACAUCUGAAUUGGACACAGGGAGAGUUGCACAAGAACCCAGUUCUCAAGAACCUGAGGGCCCGGAGGUGGGGAAUAUAACGGAAUGUACAGGAGAAAAUCUCAUCAAUCAAGAAACAAAUCAAGGGAUUGAGGAAAGUCGAGUGGAUUUAGAGAAGGUGCACGAAGAUGUUUGGUAUGAGACAGACCGGGUCUGGUAUGUCAACAAAGAAGGAUUUACAUUAGCCACAGUGCUCAAACCAGAUGUUGGAACACCUGAACUUCCAGACGGCCAAGUCCGAAUCCACAUUGAGAGUGACAACAGGAUUGUGGACACAAACGAAGAGUUCAUUCAUAAAGCGAACCCAUCCAAAUUAGAUUAUGCUGAGGACCUUGCCCAGCUCGUCAGCUUGAAUGAGUCCAGCAUUCUCCAUGUACUGCAGCAUCGCUAUGGGGCCCAGCUGAUCCACACCAAGGGAGGCCCGAAUCUCCUCAUCGUCAAACCAUCGAGCAACGUUUCCAACUAUUCGGCAAAGCUGUUCAAGGGAAAGAAGGAUGGAAUGCCACCCCAUCCCUAUGCUGUGGCACAGCGAGCAUAUUGGAACAUGCUGAUCCACCGGAAAGACCAGAGCAUCAUUCCCCUGGGAUGGAGCGGUGCUGGGAAGACUACAAGCUGCCAAUGUGCUCUUGAGUACCUUGUUGGUACAGCUGGCAGGGUGGGCACAACAGUGACAGUGGAGAAGAUCCAAGCAAUGUUUACCAUUCUCCGGGCUUUUGGCACCAGAUCCAGUCCCCACAAUGACACCACGACGCGAUUCUCAAUGGUUGUCUCACUGGACUUCAAUCAAGCUGGGCUUGUGUGUGCAGCCCACCUCCAGGCUGGAAGUAACCAUUCCCACAGACCCCAGGAGGCCAUUGUCUAUGUUAGUGCUGCAGUAACCACAUCACUGAUUGUGCGCUCUGUUUUCUUUAACAGGACUGAGCUGCAUUUGCACCAGAUGGCAGACAGUCAGAUAUUUGGAAUUUUACCAUUGGCAAAGGGAGAGGAGAGGCAGAGAGCAUCCUCAGCAUUUAGCAGACUACAGGCAGCGAUGGAGACACUGGGAUUCACAGCACAAGAGCAAAUGGCCAUUUGGCACGUACUGGCAGCCAUCUACCACCUUGGAGCUGCUGGGGCAUGUAAAGUUGGCAGGAAGCAAUUUAUGAAGUUCGAAUGGGCAGAGAACGCAGCCAAUGUGCUUGGCUGUGAACUCGAAGAACUCUCAACGGCAGCCUUCAAACAUCAUCUCCGACUGAUCAUCCAGCAGGCCACAAACAAACGUCAUUCAGAAAACACCACAGACAGCACACCAGGUCCUCGUUUGACGGGUCUGGAAUGUGUGGAAGGAAUGGCUGCUGGAUUGUAUGAAGAACUGUUUGCCAUUAUCGUCAUGCUCAUCAACAGGUCACUUUCUUCACAACAGUUGUCCCUGACAUCAAUCAUGGUGGUGGACACGCCCGGCUUUCAGAAUCCACACCAUGUAAACAGUGACAGAGCAGCCACAUUUGAAGAGCUGUGUCACAAUUACGUACAUGAACGACUACAGAUGCUUUUCCAUGAACGCACUUUUGUAUCUCAGCUGGACAGGUUCAAGGAGGAAAAGGUUCAGGUGGCAUUUGACACGAGCGAAACCUCUCCAGCAUCUACGGUGGCUGUCAUCGAUCAAACCUCAAACCAAUUCAAGGUUCAGCCAUCUACACAGGGUGAGGAACCCAAAGGCCUUCUCUGGAUUCUGGAUGAAGAGGUGUUAGUCCAAGGCUCCAAUGAUGCUGUUGUCCUUGACCGUUUGUGUUCCUACUUUGAGAAGAAGGGAAUGGAAAAAGAAGAGAGCCAGCCAGUGAGGAGGUGUGAGCAGGAGCUGCAGUUUGUGAUAGCGCACCAGCUCGGCACAGACCCUGUGAGAUAUGACCUGACAGGUUGGAUCAACAAGGCCAAGCAAAACCUCUCGCUGGAGAAUGCCAGCCAGCUGCUGCAGGAAUCCAGACUUGAAUUCCUCAAGAGCCUUUUCUCUUCACGAUCUAAAAUCCCGAUGAUAUGUCGGUCAGUGUCUGGUUUGGAAGGCACUUCCCAGCAGGCUUUGCAAAGGAUCAGUUGUGUCCGGAAGACAUUUAGCACCAGCUUUGCAGCUGUGAAGCGAAGUUCUGUAUGUGCACAGAUCAAACUGCAAGUGGAUGUUCUUACAAACCUUAUGAAGCGUUCUGAAGCACACUUUGUGCACUGCUUUGUAGCAAGACUAGAGGAGAAAGAUACAGAAGGGAAAAUGCCUGCUAGUCAAAGACCUGGAGCUGUAGCAGAGGCACAGAACAGUAAAGAACACCCACUAGCAAUGUUUGAUAUCCCAACACUGAGGACUCAGCUUCAGGGAACACAGCUACUGGAUGCACUUCGUCUCUACAGGCUAGGAUUCCCUGAUCACAUGGUUCAUGGUGAAUUCCGGCGUCGGUUCCAGGCUCUGGUUCCAGCUGUCAUGAAGAAAUAUGGAGCAGCAUUUAUGGUGACAGAUGAAAGGAAGGCUACAGAAGAACUGCUUACCUUGCUGGAUUUGGAGAAACACAGCUUUUUUAUGGGUCGGAGUCGGAUCUUCUUCAAAGCUGGGGUUGUUUCCCGUCUGGAGAAACAGCGUGAGAAGCUGAUUUGCCGGAACCUGAUCUUGCUGCAGGCCGUGUGCCAGGGAUUCCUUGGGCGCCAGCAAUUCAAGAAGAUGAAGACGCAGCAUUUAGCUCUUUGUUGUAUUCAGAAGAACAUUAAGAAAUACUGGAUGAUCAGCCAGUGGCAGUGGUGGCAGCUGAUGUCCAGCAUCCGUCCGAUGCUUAGUGUUAACUUGGUUGAUGAAAAGCUCCGAGUCAAAGAGGAUGAGGUUAGUGCAUUGCGGAAGAAGUUGGAGAAAUCUCAGCGGGAACGUAACGAGAUCCAAGAAAACACUGACCUACUCGAGGGCAAGAUUUCAGACCUUUCGGCGGAGCUAACAGAUGAACGGUUUCGGGGGGAUGUGGCCUGUCGGAUGCUGGAGAGCGAGCGAACUGAGAGACUCCGGCUGACCCAGGAACUGAAGGACAUGCAGAUUAAAUAUGAAAAGGUGGUGACAAACUUAAAGGCCGUGGAGAAGCAGUUAGAAGAAGCGCAGCAACAACUGCAGAUGAGGGAGCUGGGCAAUGCAGUGACAGAGGAAGAAUGGAAAAUGCGCUAUGACUGCACUUUGCUGGAAAUGGAGUUUCUCAGAAAACGAGUCCAUACGUUUGAGGAAAGAAUUGCUUCAGAGUCACAGAUCAGAAAGGAGCUGGAACAAAAGCUGUCAGACCUGCAAGAAAGCUAUGAGAGUGCCAAACGGAGUGCUCAGCAGCUGAGGAGAAAGAGCAAGUGUUUGAGGUCGGAACUGGAGGACACUAAAGUGCUAAUGGAAAGUCAACAGAGCCGGAACCACGAGCUGGAGAAGAAACAAAAAAGGUUCGAUAUGGAGCUGGCUCAAGCUCUGGGGGAAGCCGCCUUUGAAAAAACCCUUCGUGAGAAAGUUAUUCAGGAAAACCAAACUUUGCGGACGGAGCUUUAUCGGUCGCAGCAGGAUGUGCAGGAAAAAGAAUCUGAAGUCACAAUGCGAAAUGAGAAAAUAGCAGAACUGCAAGUGGAACUGGGUGACCUGACAUCUCGUGAGCCGCAGAGCAAGGAGACUGUGGCCCAGAUAAAGAAGCAGCUUCGACAUCUAGAGGCUACAACAAAGGAGCAAAGUAAAGAGAUCAGUCAGCAAGCGGGAACUAUAGAACUGGAACAGCAGGAAAAAGAAUCUGAAGUCACAACGCGAAAUGAGAAAAUAGCAGAACUGCAAGUGGAACUGGGUGACCUGACAUCUCGUGAGCCGCAGAGCAAGGAGACUGUGGCCCAGAUAAAGAAGCAGCUUCGACAUCUAGAGGCUACAACAAAGGAGCAAAGUAAAGAGAUCAGUCAGCAAGCGGGAACUAUAGAACAACUGGAACAGACACAUUUACGGUUUGAAAUCGAGAUGGAACGACUGAAGGAGAUUCAUCUAAAGGAACUGGAAGACAAAGAGGAAGAGCUGGAGGAUGUUCGCAAGUCGUGCCAGAGAAGGCUCCGUCAGUUGGAGAUGCAGCUGGAGCAGGAGUUUGAGGAACGCCAGCUGAUCCUUCAUGAGAAACAGGACUUGGAGGGGUUGGUUGGAACACUCUGUGAGCAGAUAGGUCACCGAGAUUUUGAUGUGGAGAAACGAUUGCGUAGGGAUUUACGACGGAAAAAUGCACUCCUGGCUGAUGCUCAGCUACUGCUGGGUACGAUGCAGGAUCCCGGUCAAACCACCAUCAAGCAGGAAGCCGAGAAACUCCGGAUACAGUUAGAUGAAAGCGUGGCUCGCUGUGCAGAAACAGAGAAGGUUUACAAAUCUACGUUGCAGGAAUUGGAAAACCUUCAUGUUCAGCUGGAAAAUACUCAGAGGAACAAGAACACGGUUGAUGAGCAGUUAUACCAACUGGAGCAUGAAAAGGCUGAUCUACUGAAACGGCUUGAAGAAGACCAGGAGGAUCUGAAUGGACUCAUGAAGAAACACAAGGACCUGAUUGCUCAGUCAUCCAAUGACAUUGCGCAGAUACAGGAGCUACAAGGUCAAUUGGAAGAAGCUACAAAGGAAAAGCAAAGUUUUGAAGAAAAACUCCAGAUUGCUCAGAAGAGGAUAAAAUAUAUGGAACAUUCGAUGGUGGAGCGAGGAAUUGUAAGCCGACAGGAAGCUAUUAUCUGUGAUCUAGAGAGCAAACUCGAGUUCCAGAGGGCCCAGCUGAAGAGAUUGGAGACGUUGGUGCUACGUUUGCGGGACAACAUGAUGAAGAUGGGUGAGGAAUUGGACCAGGCUGCUGAGACCGAGGCUCGGGAGAAGGAGACUGCAAAACGUGUCCAGCAGCGGAUGGAGGAGAUGAAAGCAGAGAUGGAUGACCUUGUUGAGAGGGAGCAGGAAGCCUCACGAAGGUGUAUGGAACUGAAAGACAGUGGAGGUUGUUUUGACUUUGAACAAUCCAGUGAAAGAGCCAACACUGGAUCAGCUGCUGGUUGCAUAACCAGCAGCACUGCCUUUCGCUUUGAACAAGAUAAAAGUGUGGUGAUAACUCCGGGAGCAGAUUUGGAAAGGACGGAUAUCAGUGACAGCCGAUCAAGCAUGGGUUCCCUUAUGAGUGAAGACCUCAGCGUUGGGACAAGGUCAUGGCUGGGAUUGUCCACUGGAGGUCGGUCCCCCACAUCAGGAGGCAGUGUAGCUGGGAGUCUCUCCAGGACAUCAGCAGCUGACAGCAUUGGUCUUCACCGCUCGAGGAUUGGCAGGGAUAGUAUGGAUCAAGAAAUCAGUAGGCCGGGCUCUUCAGUGAGCCUGAGGAGCUUUCGAAGCCGAGAAUGGGUGAAGAGCCCUGACCGGACGCCUGUUGACCGACCUGCAUCUCUAUCCAGCUGGAGAUCUCAUCCAGAAGAGGAAAGGUCGCCAAGUUCCUCGGUAGCUUUAUCAGAAUUUGUGGAGGAGCUAAGGAGAAAACGUGCUGGAGAACGGGAGCAGGGUGGCCUCCAGAUAGAAGACAGCUCCUCUCUGCCUAUUUACCAGACUGCAGGUAUCUCAUUACUGAGAAAGCGCCCGUCCAUCAGGGAUGAUGAUGAUGAUCCAUUGCUGAAGUUCGAGACUUUGAGUCUUUCAGAGAAUCAAAGCUUCCCUGCCAGUUACCAAGCAGGGCCUGGGUUAUUCCGCUCGGCUAGCCUUCGCUCUUUGACCCCCAGCAGUGAAGUACCCGAACCUUUAUCCACAACCAAGAGAAACAGAUGUGUUUCAUUCGAGAAUUUAGCUGAACCUCGCAUUGGUGCUAGUCCCAUCUUUCAAAAGCCAACUUUUUCUGUGAGGGACACAGAUGAGGCAACUUCUGCCAGGCUAAAGCCACCGCGCAAGUUGCUUGAGCUGUCAAUUGAAGAAGAUAUUGAUGAGGUCCUUGGCAAUCAGCCAAUCGUGUUCAAAAGCAAACGAUUCAGUGGCCUUCCCAGUGAGGGGAGAGAAGGGGAAAAUUCCAACUGGAAGCUUCCAAGCCUCAGCUAUGAACGGAAAAGGGAUGAUGAUAACGAUAGUGACAUUCUUCCUGCUAUUCGAAGGCCACCAUCUGCAAACAAGACCACUCCGGAGAGUGAGCGGGGCUCGAGAUCUCUCACUGCUGACUUUGAGAACUUGGUUUCCAAAGAUAUGACCAGUUUGAUCCCAUUAAAAAAGAUUAUGGCAGUCAGGCCAUGCAUAUCCAAAGGAGACAAGGAUUCCCUUGGUAACCUGUCUGACUCCUCUUCAUCUUCCGGUUCAACUGUUUCAUACAAAAGUGCAGAUAGCAUUAAGAAUCGCCCUGGGCUUCGCAGGCCAGCAGACGAGAGAUCAUCUGCUACAUCACUGGAGAAUCGAGCCUUCAAUACAGAGGCAGAGAAAAGGCCUGAGGAGGAGUCAGCAGCUGAGGACAUCAAUUCCGUGAUGAUGAAAUACUUGGCAAAGCCAGACAAAGAAUAAGAAUCUCUGAUCUAAGACUUCUGGCUGUGCAACUGCCUGGAACGCUUGGAAACUGAAGUUCAGACAAAGAAUCACAGCCAGGCAGAACCAAUCUGUUCCAAGAGACACCUUGAGCUCAGUCAAGAAGGAUGGAAACAAAACUGAUUGUUUGCCCUGGAUUUCAGGGUGAUUGAAAACGAUGCUUCUCGGUUUUUGUGAUGAAUUAAAAACACAGUUAUCCUCA